GAGCGAACUUUUUAGUUGCCGGUGAACACCAAUUCAUCUUCUUCCCGCUUGUGUCGCGCUGUACAUUUUCGAACAUAUACUACUGGCCAGUCAUGCCUCCCAUGGCGUUGCAGGGAAUUGUCACCAAGGUCGGCUUCAUGAACAAGACGGCCACGGUGACGGUGUCGAGGUGGAUGACCCAUCGAGUGACGGGAAAGGUUAUCGAACGAACAAAAAAGUAUCUUACACAUGACCCCAAUAACGAAUUACGCCAGGACGACGUCGUUAUCAUCCGCAAUUGCCCGCCUGUGUCAGCCAGAAAACGAUUCAAGCUGGAGACAGUACUGAAGAGUCCCGAGGCGGAGCGAGAGUUGAAGAAGGCCAAUGUCUUGGUAGAACAAGCAUCAUCACAGCCUUCGAAAAAUGCAUAGUGCCAGUCACCUCAUGGGAUGAAAGUGUCAUUACGGGCA